AUGUUGGAACUAGCUGAGUGGUUGUUCCUGGUCCUGAUUGUCACUCAGUUCAUCCUUGGGAAUCUGGUGAAUGGUUUCCUUGGGUUGGUCAAUGGCAGAAGCUGGUUCAAGAGCAAGAGAAUCUCUUCGUCUGACUUUCUUAUCACCAACCUGGCUCUCUCCAGGAUCAUUUUACUGUGGGUUAUCUUCAUUGAUGGUGUUAUUCUAAUUUUCUUUUCCGACAUGCAUGGUUCAGGGGUAUUAAUGCAAGUUACUGAUGUUUUCUGGAUGUUUGUAAACCACCUGAGCAUUUCAUUUGUCACCUGUCUUGGUGUCCUCUAUUGCCUUAAAAUUGCCAACUUUUCCCACCCCAUAUUUCUCUGGCUCAAGUGGAGAGUUUCCAGGGUGAUUGUAUGGAUGCUGUUGGGUGGACUGCUCCUAUCCUGUGCCUCUUCUGUAUCUCUGAUCAAUGAAUUUAACUUGUAUUUUGCCUUCAGUGGAAUUGACAGCACAGGAAACAUGACUGAGUACCUCAGAAAGAAGAGACUCGAAUAUGAUUGGCUGCAUGUUCUUGGGAAUCUGUGGCAUCUCCUUCCCUUAACUGUGUCCCUGAUCACCUACUUUCUGCUCCUCUUCUCUUUGGGGAGGCACACUCGACAGAUGCAGCGAAAUAACAUCAACUGCAGAGACCAAAGCACUGAGGCUCACAGAAGGGCCAUUGGAGUCAUCAUCUCCUUCUUCUUCUUCUUUCUACUUUACUUUAUUUCCUUUGUAAUUUUGUCAUUAGGCCGUUUUCUAUCACACUCUAAGAUGUCGGUGAUGAUUGGCGAGGGAAUUACAUUGUUGUACCUUGGUAGUCACUCAUCUUUUCUCAUUCUGGGCAACGCAAAACUGAAGCAGGCAUUUUUGGCGAUCUUCCUGUGUAAGUCUGGUCACCUGCAGCCUGGGUCUUCAGGGUCCUUUUCCUCAUAG